AUGACCCCAUCACCACAACCACAAGGCAAAAGCCUAAACGUGAUCGCCCUAAUAUCCGGAGGAAAAGACUCCCUCUACUCCCUCCUACACUGUAUCCGCAACGGCCACAAAGUCAUCGCCCUAGCCAAUCUCCACCCGCCCGUCCAAGAUGCCCAAGAAGACAUCGACAGCUUCAUGUACCAAACCAUUGGCCACGCCGUAAUCCCCCUCUACGAGCAGGCCUUGGACAUCCCUCUUUACCGCGCCCCCAUUUCCGGCGGCGCGGUCGACACAGCCCGCAUCUAUCGCAAUGAUGCCGCGGAUCAGAUGGCUGAAUCCCACCAGGAAGAUGGCCAAGAUGAGACGGAGUCGCUCGUUCCGCUGCUGAAACGGGUUAUGGAACGUCAUCCGGAGGCGAAUGCUGUCUGUGCUGGGGCGAUCUUGUCUACUUAUCAAAGAACGAGGAUUGAGAAUGUGGCGUUUCGGUUGGGGUUGACGCCGUUGGCUUGGUUGUGGAAUUAUCCGGUGCUUCCUGCGCCGGUGGAGCGGGAGGGCGUGGUUACGCAGGCUGGGUUAUUGGAGGAUAUGGCGGGCGUUGGGUGUGAGGCGAGGAUUAUUAAGGUUGCCUCUGGGGGGUUGGAUGAGGGGUUUCUUUGGGGGGAUGUUUCGAGUGCGGAUGGGCUUGUGCGGAGGAGGAUUGAGAGGGGGAUGAGGAGGUUUGUGGUGGAUGAUCUUGGGGGUGCGGUUCUAGGGGAGGGGGGUGAGUAUGAGAGUCUGGCGGUUGAUGGGCCUGGGUUUCUUUGGAAGGGGAGGAUUGAGAUUGAGGAGAGGGAGGUCUGUUCUGGGGAGGGGGGUGUUGGGUUUGUGAGGCUUCGGGGGGCGAGGUGUGUGCCCAAGGAUGGAGAGGAUGGGGUUUCGCCGGGGGAUGUGAGGCGGCCGGCGUUGUUAGAUGUGAAGUUCUCUGGGGUUUUGGAUGGGGUGGUUUCGGAGGUGGGGGAUUUGGAGCUCAAGACUGUGGAGGAGUCUCAGUCGAUGUGGCGGCUUGGGGAGGUCGCUCAAUCGAGGAAUGGUGGUACUUGGGCUAUCUCGAAUCUUGCGGCGCCUGAGGCUGGUCCUGGUGCUGGGGAGCAGAUGGAGGCGAUUGCGCGGAAGAUACAGCUUAUAUUGGAGUCUACGGGUACGCGGACACCGGCUGAUAUUGUCUUUGCUACGGUUUUGAUUCGCUCGAUGGUUGAUUUCCCGUUGAUGAACGAUAUCUACGUUUCGCUUUUUAAGAAGCCGAAUCCCCCGGCUAGAGCUACGGUGGCCUGUGGGAAUAGCCUCCCCGAGGGCGUGAAUAUUAUGGUCUCGUUGGUCGUUGAUUUGGGUCCUAGGGAUCUGCGGCAGGGUCUUCAUGUUCAGUCCCGAUCAUACUGGGCCCCGGCUAAUAUUGGGCCGUAUUCCCAGGCUAUGUCUAUUCCGGUGCGAUCAGAGCGGCUGGUGUACAUUGCCGGUCAGAUACCUCUGGAACCGGCGUCGAUGGAUAUGGUGGCUGGCCCAGAGUCGUGGCUAGAGGGCUACUCCUUGCGAGCGGUGCUGUCUUUGCAGCACAUGUGGAGGAUUGGGGCAGCGAUGCAGGUUGACUGGUGGCUGGGGGCAGUUGCGUAUCUAACGGGAGCAGAUCAUAUCGGUACCAAAGCGCAAAUCGCAUGGCGUCUGUGGGAGAUGAUGUAUGCCCAGCAAACAGAUUCAGACGAGGAUGACGAAGAGCCGGUGUUGGAUGCUUGGGACAUCAAGUAUGGAGGACGAGCUCAUGACCAGCCAAUAAACCUAGAGGCAGCUGCUUUGCCUAACAUAUCCGUGGUGCAGUCGGACGUACUGGUUCCUCCAUUUUUUGCUGUCCAGGUUGCCGAACUUCCCCGGGGUAGCGAUAUCGAAUGGCAGGGUUUGGGUUGCCGGUGUGGUGGCUUGAAAAUGGCUGCGGAAGAAUUGGAUGUUGGUCGCAAGAUCGACACCAUCACGGACGGGAAUCUGCGAUACACAGGAGUCGAGAUUGACAAUGGUACCGAACUGGAGUCGUGCCUGCAGCGCCUUCUCGAAAGAUACUCCACAGCGGGUGUUUCCCAUGCAGUUCUCUACACAGCACAGCCGCUGUCUGCCAAUACUUGGCCGGGUCAGAUCGUGCCUUGCACGUCAGUAUGGGGCCAAAAAGGGCGGCAAUUGGCGGCUGGGAUUAUCCUACAGACGCAUAACCCCACGGACGCGUGGACAGAGUAG